ACAAUUUGACUCAGCUGCCAAGUAACUGACCCCUUUUAUUUUAUUUUUAAAUCCACGAAAACACCAUACACAGACAACCCAUCAUCACCCACCUAAUCAUCGUCUUCAAAAAAUCACCACUGAUUCAAUUUUUUUUCAGAUUCAAAUCUAAAAAUUAACACUUUCAGAAACCCUAAUGUAAAAUUAAACUACCCUUUAUGAUAAUCACUACUGCCCAUAAAAAAGAUUCAAUCUUUCCUCCAUUGAAUUCUAGAGAGAGGAAUUUUAGAGAGAGAAAGAAAUGCCAAGCGUGGCUGUAAAGUUAUACAGUGUGUUCUUCAAGUUCUUAUUGAAACACCGAUUACAAAAUCGGAUCCAAACGCCGCUCGAUGGCAACUCAUACGGUGUCACAACCCGACCCGAAGAAUCCGUAUCAGCAUCCAACCCCUCUUUCACCGACGGUGUUGCCACUAAAGAUAUCCACAUAGACCCCUUUACUUCUCUCUCAAUUCGGAUCUUUCUGCCCGAAUCAGCUCUAAAUCCACCUGAUCGGCAGUCCGAUUCAAGAAACCCUAAACCAAAAGUUAAUAAUAAUAAUAACCAAAACCCUCACAUUGUGAGGAGAAAUAGUCUUGAUUACAGUGGAUCAUCGUCCCCGCCGCUGCCGCCAACGACGGUGAAAGCUAGAGAUGAAGCUAGAAGGUAUAGCUACGGUGGUAGUAAUGAUGUUAACAAUGAGUCUUUAAAUAAUGGUGUUUACAGAGGGUAUUCGCCGAAUGUUGAUAAACCAAGGAAAUUGCCUGUAAUGUUACAAUUCCAUGGUGGUGGUUGGGUUAGCGGGAGUAAUGAUUCCGUUGCGAAUGAUUUCUUUUGUCGACGGAUUGCUAAAUUAUGUGAUGUUAUUGUUGUUGCUGUUGGGUAUAGAUUGGCUCCGGAGAAUAAGUACCCGGCUGCUUUUGAAGAUGGAUUAAAGGUUUUGAAUUGGUUAGGGAAGCAGGCUAAUUUGUCUGAGUGUAGUAAAUCUAUGGGGAGUGUUAAAGGUAGUGCAGAGUUUAAGAAGGAUGAUCUCGCUAGACAUAUUGUUGAUGCUUUUGGUGCUUCUAUGGUUGAGCCGUGGCUUGCCGCUCAUGGUGAUCUAUCCAGAUGUGUUUUACUUGGCGUAAGUUGCGGUGCAAAUAUUGCAGACUAUGUGGCUAGAAAAGCUGUAGAGGCAGGCAAGCGUUUGGACCCUGUCAAGGUUGUCGCUCAGGUCUUAAUGUAUCCAUUCUUUAUUGGGAGUGUCCCCACACAUUCUGAAAUAAAGUUGGCAAACUCCUACUUCUAUGAUAAGCCAAUGUGCAUGCUUGCUUGGAAACUCUUCCUGCCAGAGGAAGAGUUCAGCCUGGACCAUACAGCCGCCAACCCUUUGGUCCCUGGCAGGGAACCUCCAUUAAAACUCAUGCCCCCAACACUUACAGUGGUGGCAGAACAUGACUGGAUGAGAGACCGAGCCAUUGCUUACUCUGAGGAGCUGAGAAAGGUGAACGUGGAUGCACCUGUUCUUGAAUAUAAGGAUGCAGUUCAUGAAUUUGCAACUCUUGACAUGCUUUUAAAGACACCUCAGGCCCAGGCAUGUACCGAGGACAUUGCUAUCUGGGUCAAGAAGUACAUUUCACUACGAGGCCAUGAGUUUUCGUACUGAGGGUAUAGCAGUUUAAGAAAAAAAAGUUGUACAAGAGGGCAUCAUCUGUCUGUAUCAUGUUACACAACGAGAGUACUUUGUUUGGAGAUUACGCGGGACUGCAUAUGACGGGAUAUAUAAUUAUUUCAUUGGUUGUUUCUGGGUAAUGUAGCUGCUGGGUUUUUACUCAUUUUUCCUUGUUGACAACUUGACCUGUCGAGUUCCUUUUUGUAAAAUAUAGAACUUUUCUGAGAUUAGGAUUAGUUAUCUUGUCGGAUGAAAUUACCUUCUGUUCGAGUUUGUGCCACAUUCAGACAUUCUCGAUGGAAAUUUUUUUACCUGUGUAUCAAAAUGUAUUAUGCUCCCGAACAGAGUUAAAUCAAUGAAAUUUUCUUUACUUGUUUUU